AUGGUGUGGGUGCAUUUGCCGAAGACAAGAAUUCAACCUCAAUUGGUGCCGAUGUCUUUGCAGAUGGCGUUGCUUCAAACUGAAAAGUACUACGGGUUUAUCAAAGAUAUUACUGGAAAAAUCCCAAAUGAGUUAAGUGAAUGUGGGAAUUUGACAGUUUUAGGCUUAGCAGAUACAAGAAUAUCUGGUUCUUUGCCUGUUUCAUUAGCUAAGCUCAAGAAACUUGAGACUUUGUCUAUUUACACUACUAUGUUGUCUGGUGAAAUACCUCCUGAUUUAGGUAACUGUUCUGAGCUUGUUAACUUGUAUUUGUAUGAAAAUAGUCAUUCUGGUUCAAUACCAUAUGAGAUAGGGAAACUUAGAAACUUAGAAAAAUUAUUCCUUUGGCAGAAUAAUCUUGUUGGUGUUAUUCCACAAGAGAUUGGGAAUUGUACUAAAUUGAGUAUGAUUGAUUUGUCUUUCAAGAUGUAG